AGUGUGCUGUUCCAUUUCAGAAAAAUGUUCUGUUUAUCUGUUAAGAUUGGCUGCAGUUAAUAUCCUUUGCAGGAAUUGUUUAAUAUUCUGUCUGACAUAAAGAUCUGUAUAAGUCGUAAACAAAGCAUUUAACGCAUAAUUUAACUCCGAAGCAAGUUAAAACAUAAAAAGAAGAGAAGUGAAAGCAAUAUCUAAGAGAUAAGAAUGCAAGAAUAUUCCAUGCUGCUUCUCUUUAUUAUUUUAUGCGAAGAUAUGAGCAGAUUGAUAGUGUACGAAGCAAGAAACAAGGAUCUAAUAUUACCUCAGCAUUUCAGUCAAUUAAAAAAUGAAUGAAGCGAUUUUGUCAAGUGUGUAUGCAAUUCAUCGAAAUAUCAUCAUUUUGAUCCACAUCGCAUAGCUGAUUUUGUAUGAAGUUGCAGUUAUGCUGCAACUGAAAUUUAUUCAGAAAAGUGAAAGAAAGAUUUUCAUCACAAACUUUAUGGAUACUCUUCCAGCACUAGUUAUUUCUAUGAAAUUCUCCAUUCUACAGUGCCUCUCAAAUGAUGUAAAUAUGGAUAUGUAACAUAAAAAUGGAAAAAAUUGUGAACAAGCUUAGUAAAGGCCUAGGAAUCAGCGCUUAAUGGAAUUCCAAUUUAUUAUCAUUAGACGAAGUAAAAUUUCUCCAAAUAAGAAUAUCAUCUCUUCAUAAUACUGUAAAGAAAAUUGUUUCCUUCGCGACAGUAAAAUAAGUUUUUGACAAUUUCAGUUGCUUUUUGGAAUAACGGCUUAUUCAACUACAGGGAAUCAAUCAUAUUUGCUUCAUACGCGUGCAAUAGCCUUGAACAUCCUGUACUUCAAUAUCAAUGCCGAUCGUUGUUCUUGAAAAGGCACCACACCAUGACAAUUCCUCUACUUUCUCUUUGCAAAGGAUCGGGCUACUUGGAUAAGCCUAAAAAGAAUCCAUUAGAGUGUUUUGGUGAAAAGGUAAAGGCCUGUAAGGAGUACAGUCUUGUUCUAUGCUCGCUUUUGAAAUCGAGCAUAGGACGAAAGGCGAUCCUAAGUGAAGGACAGAGAGGAAACUCCUAUCUAUUAAAGGCUCUUUCCGCUAUGAGGGACACUCCAUCCAUGGUACAGAAACUCUUGGAAGAGGAAAGGGAAGCUGUCAAGUCAGCUCUUCAAGCAGUUGAUGAACACAUGCAACUAAAGAAGAAGGAAGUGGAAGAAGUCCAUAGAAAAUUAAUGAAAGAUGAGCCUCUGAAGGAUCAUAUUAGAUCUACAUUUCAAAUGGAUCUUUCCAAAAGUAAUCGCAGUAAUAGAGCAACGAGUGGUUACGCACCUUCAUACAAUCCUCCAGUAAAAAUUCAGCAAAAACCUAUUUUUCUUGAAGCCAUAUACGAAGAAGACAAUGAUUCGGGAAAUUUAUCCUUCAGCAGUAACAGGAAUGAGAAACGCCCUGAGAGAAUCAGACAUAGUGCGAUACCAAGGAAUACUACAGCAAAGUCUCGGUGCUCGUUGAAGGAUAAAGUAUCAUCUGCAAGGCCCAGAGGCUCAGAACUUUCUGUCCUUCCACCUAUUGACAUGGGCUGGAGCAACAUCCCAUCUGAUGGCUGCUACACGGGGCCUCUCAAUUAUAGGUGGCAACGCGUGGCUGACAACUACAUCGACAGUGAUCUCCGAGUCCGGAGCAGGAGACGCUGCCGUUCAAGAGCUCUGGAUACAAAGUUACGUUUGGGGUAUCAAGAAGAUGAUGAGACAGAAGAUGAAUGCAAUGGACUUGUUGAAAUAGAAAUGAGACUGCCAAGAAAGAGGCAGAUAACAUUUGGUCCGCCUCACAGUACGUCAUAUAGUAGAUGGUUUAGCCAUUUUAAUAGUCUGGACAGUCACUACAACUAAUAAAUUGAACAGUAAAAGUUUUAGAGAAGACAUGUGAUGUAAGGUCAGUCCAGCUAGAGUUACGUUGCAUCAUUACGUUCCUUUUCCAAAAGAAGUUUUUAGUCUACGAAUGUUGUACUAAAAACUUCAUCAAGCCUGGAUUUUUAAAAUAUUAGCGAGAUGAAAGACGUCAUCAGCUACUGCAAAAAAAAAAAAAGUCAAAUGUGAUAAUGAUACGUUUAAUCUCUCAACUAAUCUCAGUUGACGAAAGUUAAUUAUUGAUAUUCAUGUAGCAUACUAAUAUAUUUUCUAUACAGUUUGACCGACCUUGCUCUCAAAAGCUCUCCAUCUCCUGAUGCAUGUCAGCAUCUACAAAGCUCCUGGUGGAGCCCUUCUCUUUCGUGAUUUUACGCACUAACGAUUGCUCAUAAUGCAAAUAGUAUCCGUCGAUCUUCAUUAUUAUCAGUCAGACAUUGUAAAAUAGAAGGAUGAGCCGUUUAUGUCGAUCAAAACUUCAGCGCAUCUGUUUAAUCCCUUCUGCAACGAACAAUGGAUGUCCAUGGCAAUGAGGGGCAUUGCCCGGAGGAAAAUUGUGCAAGUUUUCUCUCAAUUUCUUUUAUGUAAUAUUCCAAAAUAAUAAAACCGGAUCUAUAUGUUUCACAAUAUCGAGUUAUAUGGGUUCGGAAGGAAUUAUUCCUGUCUAAAAAUAUGCCACCGACGUACUGCUUCAAAAAGUGAGAACUGAUACAGGACUUUAAAAUGCAUAUAAUAUCUCUAUCUGUGACAGUCUGACAGCAAGAAUGUGGAUUUAAAAUGAAAAGCCUCCAUAAUGAACUGCCAAGAAAACAGAUCUGUGGUUUAUAUAUUUUUACAAAAACGUUGAAAGGCAAUCCGCUUUAACAGGUUUUUCAAAAACCUCGCAAAAAAUAUUCUUAAAAUCAUUAAAAGUACUUGGAGCGUGUUUCAAAAAUAUUGCAAGACUAAAUAUCUCUUAAAAGAUUUUUUGCAGACACGUGGCUUCAGACUGAGAAAUUAAGAAAAUAAGGUAGGCUUUUCAGAAUACGAUAAUUUUGGUCGUUUAAGAUAUUUUAGUAAAAGUGACAGAAAAUUUUUCUAUGGUCAAAGCAGUGAAAUCAAAUUGGCAUAUGAUUAAAAUUAUCAGAUAUAUCCAAUUAAGAAUUUGAGGGAUUGUAUUCGCAUAUCCCUAAGAAUAGUAAUAUACGUUACGUUUUCAAUGGUAAAUUCUAAAAGAUACUUUUUAUGUGGGUUUAAUGCAGAAGCCCGUGUCUCAAAUUUCCAAUAAACAAAAAGCUCGAAAUUUUUACUUCACAAAAUUAAAUUCUUGUAUGACCUCGAAACCCGAAUGGUUUUGUAACAGGCUAAAGGGGUUUAAAUAAUGAAAUUUUGAUAUUUUUAGAGCCAGUUUUGCACAUUACAAACCAGUUUUCUCCUCUCUAAAAGAUCUUUAGAUAUGUGAGGUUCAAUACAUUUUCGAUAAAAUAUGUGUUGCGACUAAAUGUGUCAAACACCAAAAGCCUACCCCUGUGAUUCCUUUCACAAUUUCAUUCCUUGAUUCAUUUUCAGCUGGAUGAAGAUAUGAGAUGGACUGGCCAAGAGAUAUUUAGCCAAGCAAUCUUUUUGAAUGAAUCUGUAUAAAAUGAUGUGUUAUUACAUUCUAGAGACAUCAGUUCAACGUCUAGACUUCAGUUCAGUUACUGAGAAUCAACUACUUUCGCAACUAGUUCUGGCCAAAUUUUGAAAGCGCUCUAUUUCUAAUUUUCACAGUUAAAAAUCUUAUAAAAUCGUUUCCCAAAACUUUUAGUUAAGUCUAAUGCAUAACAAGAAUGCGUGCAACAGAAUAAAAUUACUAAAAUUCACAUAAAAAAUGCUAAAACCAUAUACUUAAAUUGUGCUAAAAUUCAUUGUAUCUAAAUAUCAGUCGCUUACCUGUUUCGCCACUCUGUGGCAAAAUAAUCUGACGUUAAUGCUGACUACCUGCAUAUUGUAAAAUUAUUUAUAAGGUUUCCAGCUAGUAGCCAGGUAUAAAUAGAGUAAUAAUUUAGUUGCUAUGCAUCUCACCUUAAGUUACUGAAAUUCUUAAGCUGAAAUUUGGUAAUGUAUUGACUAGUUAAAAAAAAAGCAUAAACAAUAUUCCGGACUUCAUCUUUCUCCAAUCCCAUUACUCCCAUGAGUAAAAGGGUUUCCACUUUGGAGGAAAAGUUAAUCCGAGGAUAAUCUCAGGAUCACUAUUAUAGUCUCGAUCAGUAGGACCAAGAUCUGCCUGCUUCAGUAUUGACUAGCAGGUAUAAGAUCUGCAUACUUCAGUCUUGACUAAUAGGAAUGAGACAGCUGCUUUCGCAAUUCUUUCUACCAUUACAGCCUGUCUUUAAUAGCUUGUUAUUUAACAUAUAUAUCUAGAAAUAUCUCGCUUCAUAACGAAUAAGAUGACAACAGAAUAAUAACAAGACAAAAAUAAAACCUUAUAAAUAAUUUUAGAAUAUGCCCGAAGUAAUAUUUAAUAUUGGAAUAAUAUUUAAAAUAACUAAGCAAACAUGAAAGCGGAGUAAUUUCUUCAUUUCAAAUCUCUUAUCCUAACAAAAUAAAAAUAUAAAAAAUAAGAUAAUUAAGCAUUAUUCUCCUUUUAUACGCUAUAUUCAUACCAUCAAAAGAAAAGAAUAAUUUUCUCUAUAAAAUACUAAAUAAAAACUCAAAUCAAACCAGCAUUCUGCCAGUAACGCUGUGUGAAAAUCAAAGAAUUAGAAAGGAAUGUUCUCUCUGUAAAAUAUCGAAUAAGUAGGUAAGAACGUUUUCAGAAGAAAGGAAAUUAUAUUUCUUGCAAAAUGUGAUAUAAUUUACAGGUGACUCUCUAUCAUUUGGAAUAGUUAAGCAAGCAGCUUCUUGCUACACAGCUCGAACAACUUGUAAUCAUGCUUCUUGUAAUGCAAUUAGAUCAAGCAUCUCUCAUUACAAAUAACAUUCUACGUGUUUAUACUGCUUACUGCAAUUUUUAUGCUCUUUGUACAAUAGACUGCUGCUUAGUUAAUGAAUGUAAGAGGAUUAACCCCUCUUCUUAUUUGUAUUACUUGUUCAGAUCUUUAAAACAGCCUUAAUAAAUGUGAAUGGGGUUAUACAGAGAA